AUCAAUAUUCUAGUGAAAGUUUAAGUGAAUCAGAUAUAAAUUGGGUUAUUAAUGAAGAAGACUCUUUACAUAAUUGGAAGAAUAAUCAGGAAGAGCAAUUACUUGACAAUAUAGAUUGGGAGGAUAAUGAGACAGAAUAUUUACAUGAUUAUAUAACUUUGGACAAUUUGGAGGAUUACGAAAAAUAUUUACAAGAUAAUGAUAAUAAUUUGACAAAUUCAGAUAAUAAUACAGAGCAGGAUACCCAAAAAUAUAAACUAUUUGAGAGCCAAUCACAAUCUUUUGAAGGAUUUAAUAGAAAAUACGCCUAUGAAGACCUUGUCAAAAUUCUUAAACAUUUAGAUUUUCGUUAUACAGUUCCAAUUUCUAGACAGCAUACCUCAUCAAAUUCAGCUUCAACCAAACCUGCAUAUUUAAUAAUACCAGUAGAUUAUAUUGAAUAUAUUCUUAAUAAUUCAACAAUUGCAUCUAAUUUAUACUUUGGCUCUGGUAUUGUAUAUGAUAAAAAACGUGAGUUCUGGCAUG